AUGCCAAUCACUGUACCCAAAGAUUAUACUGCAUCCGAUCUUGAGCCAGAGCACAGAUUGUGGUACUUCCGUGAAGAUAUCGGCAUCAAUUUGCAUCACUGGCAUUGGCAUUUAGUGUAUCCAUUCGAUGGCAGCGAUGCUGUUGUACGUAAAGAUCGUCGUGGUGAACUUUUCUACUAUAUGCAUCAACAGAUUGUUGCUCGUUAUAACUUUGAACGCUUUAGCAACAACUUGCCUCGUGUGCAACGUCUUAAUAACUUCAGAGAGCCAAUUGCUGAAGCCUACUUCCCCAAAAUGGAUUCAUUAGUCGCAUCAAGAGCAUGGCCGGCUCGUCCAUCAAAUACCCGAAUAACUGACAUGAAUCGUGAAUUAGAUCAGAUUCGAUUUGACGUCAGUGACUUAGAACGAUGGACUAAUCGUUUCGUUGAAGCAUGCCAUCAAGGUUUUGUCAUGAACACUAAUGGUGAACGCGUCACAUUGGACGAACGCACUGGUAUUGAUACUUUGGGUAACAUCAUGGAGUCAUCUCAAUUGUCGAUAAAUCGUCCUCUCUAUGGCGACUUGCAUAAUAUGGGUCACGUUUUUAUCUCGUAUUCUCAUGAUCCAGACAAUAGACAUUUGGAGAGCUUUGGUGUAAUGGGAGAUAGUGCAACAGCUAUGCGAGAUCCUGUCUUCUAUAGAUGGCAUGCAUAUAUAGACGAUUUGUUCCAAGAGCACAAACAACGUUUGCCACAAUAUACAACGCAACAACUUGACUAUUCAGGCAUUCGUGUAACUGGCGUUGAAGUACAACCAAAGCGAGGGCCAGCAAAUACACUACAAACAUUCUGGCAACAAUCUGAUGUCGACUUGUCACGUGGUCUUGAUUUCAAUCCACGAGGAUCUGUAUUGGCACGUUUCACACAUUUACAACACUCAAAUUUCGAAUACAGAAUCAAUAUUACGAACAAUACAGGUGCUCAAGCAAUGGGAACAUGCCGCAUCUUCAUGGCUCCAAGAAAUGAUGAACGUGGAACGCCAAUGUUCUUCAGGGAUCAACGUCAAAUGAUGACCGAAAUGGAUAAAUUCACCGUUUCAUUGAAUCCUGGUGAUAAUUUGAUUCGACGCAACUCCACCGAUUCAUCGGUUACAAUUCCAUUUGAGCGUACAUUCCGUAAUUUGGAUAGAAAUCGCCCAACCGCCGGUUCCCAGAAUGAAGCCGAAUUCAACUUCUGCGGCUGUGGUUGGCCCCAGCAUAUGUUGGUCCCAAAAGGUUUGCCCGGCACCGGUCUUCCAGUCGAUCUGUUUGUUAUGGUUUCAAACUACCAAGACGAUCGCAUCGAUCAAGAUUUGGUUGGAACAUGCAAUGAUGCGGCCAGCUUUUGCGGAGUUCGUGAUCGUAGGUAUCCAGAUCGACGAUCGAUGGGCUAUCCGUUUGACCGUUUGCCACGCACUGGUGUUGAUAGUUUACAACAAUUCCUCACACCAAACAUGGCCACUACUCAAAUUACCAUAGUUCACACCGAUCGA